UGACGUCACAUAGCUCCAACGACGCUCCGUGCUUUCGGCUAACGUGUGCAAGCGAGCGGGGGAGGCUUCAUGAUGCUGACCGUCACUACAGCUGGAGUUAUUUUGAUGGCAGUUUGUAUUUAUCCAAGUUACGCCCUCUACUUCCACAUAGGAGAGACUGAGAAAAAAUGCUUCAUUGAAGAGAUUCCAGACGAGACAAUGGUGAUCGGAAAGUACAAAACUCAGUUGUGGGACAAACAGACCAAUUCUUUCCUCCCGUCGACCCCUGGUCUUGGAAUGCAUGUUGAAAUCAAGGAUCCUGAUGCAAAGGUCAUCCUGUCCCGUCAGUAUGGAUCUGAUGGCCGCUUCACCUUCACAUCCCAUACUCCUGGAGAACACCAGAUUUGUCUGCACUCCAACUCUACCAAGAUGGCUCUGUUUGCUGGAGGGAAACUGAGAGUGCACCUGGAUAUUCAGGUCGGGGAACAUACCAACAACUACCCUGAAAUUGCCGCCAAGGACAAGCUGACUGAGCUGCAGCUGCGUGCCAGGCAGCUCCUGGAUCAGGUGGAGCAGAUUCAAAAGGAGCAGAAUUACCAGCGAUAUCGAGAGGAGCGCUUCCGUAUGACCAGCGAGAGCACCAACCAACGCGUCCUCUGGUGGUCCAUCGCCCAGACGCUCAUCCUCAUCAUCACUGGCAUAUGGCAGAUGAAGCACCUCAAGGGCUUCUUUGAAGCCAAGAAACUGGUUUAGCCGGAGCGGCGUCCGGGACCAACAGACACCUUUGGAGACAGACCUGAAUGACUGGAACAGAGAGUUGUCCCCCCCCUCCCCCCCACCCCACCCUCCCUUACCUUACCGCGCAAGAAUUCAGGUCGAGACUUUUUGUCAGCCAUGGAUGAUGAAGGUACAUUGCCAUCUUGGGCCUUACUUGCUACACGGUUCUUUGACAUCCCAGUCGCCUUGCUCUUUUGUUUGCCUGGCAGUUUUUUGCUUUACCGCAACAAUGACCUGCUGUUGUUUUCUAACUCAUAACCAUCAGCUUCACCGUCCUCUGUCCCUUAUUUAGACUUUGCAUGAACACUAAAGGAUUUAUCAUGAGUUAUGAUAAUAGUAUUGAACAUUUAAUUGUUGUGUACAUUUACACAUCAGAGACCUGUCACACUCACACACAUUCUUCUGUGUGUUCUUCAAUAACUUUAUAGAUCUCCUUCGGAGAUCAUCAAUAUUGAUGCAUAGAAACACAUUUAAUUUUUUAAUUUUUUUCCAGAAUACUUUUUUGCCCUUGUUCUAUUGCUUUAUUAUAGCCAUCAUUCAUUUACUUAGUGUUCAUGGGUGUAUUUUUAUUUGAUGGGGGCAUUAAACCGGUUGUAUAAUGUCUGCACAUUGUAGAAAGCUAAUUUGUAGACUUUUUUGUUUUCAAACUUAUUUAUUAUUGUAAUGUGACGAUGUUCUGCAUACAAUUCAUCCAGGCUGGACUGUAGUUUAAUAAUAAGUCACGAAUGUUUGGGUUUGUUGAGUUUGAGGUUUUAAUUUAAAUAGAUUUUCCUGUUUAUUGCCCAGUUCUUGGGAUGCUUUACUGUCAGGCAUUGUCUUCAUGAAGAAAUGUUUAGUUGCCAUAAAAUGUUCCAGCAUUGAAGUCAAGUGGCUGUCACGUCUCUGCGCUUGGUAAAGAUUCGCUACUAACGUCAUUUGCGGCCCGCAGCAAAAAAAUAAUAAUUUAAAAAUACUAUUAAAAAAAAAAAAAAAAAGUUGAAUAAAAGAUCAUACGGGUGAAAUGCAAUUUUGACUAAUACCACAAAGCUGCCUUGCAGGCUGUUUUUUACUUUAAAGCUGUCCAAAAAUAAUAAUGAGUCAAAAUCAAUGUUAUGAAUUAUUGACAUAUUCAAGGGUCCACUUACUUCACAUCAAAUUUUCCACUUUGUAAAUUUUUUGUUGGAAAAUGUUUUCUUUAAUAAAAUGGGGAGAAAAAACAUUAAAAAACUUUUUUAACUAUAUAUCGAUAGAUAGAUCUGAAGUUCAUAUGACCCCUUUUUAACACUUUUAUGAGUGGGGCCCUUUUGGAUUCCCGAGAACUUGAAGUACCGGUAGGGUGGAAAAACAAGUUGCCUCUAUGUUGAAGCUAUUAUCAUAUAUGUCUGAUUUAAUACACCAAAAUACUUCUAAAGUUUGCGAAUAAAUGGAUAUGAUCAAAACAGUAUCAAUUUCACGGAGAUUCCCGAGCCAUUUUGAGAGAUGAUGAGGAAGCCAGUCGGGUGAUCGUGUGAGGAGUAGGAACCACAGAUCCCUUCCCCAUCAGCAACAAUGCUAAUCAAGGUGACUUUGUGAGAGCCAACAACAAGAACUUCUGGAAAAAUUAUGAUCCAGAACCUUAUAUUUUUUAAUCCGAACACAAAGAGGAUGGGCACUAAGUUUUAAAAACAAACACUUACUGUAAUAGCUCCACUCUCACUGGGAUGUUAACUGACCGGACGCUCACAUAAUUCCGUUUAGAUGAAGAUUCAAUCGCAAUUCUCACGAAGGGUUAUGUGAAAGUGGAGCAGCCUGUCGGUCCAUGGCCACAUUUGUCUACUACCAGGUGAGAGAUGCAUGAAUUAUAAUCUAGAAUUUACUUUUAGCAAAUUUGAGACCAAGCAGCUGUCGGCUCAGUGUGUCAACAAUGGUAGCGUGAGCUAGCAUUAGCUCACUGCUAUCAAAGCGCUGCUAAAAUAAUCCGUCUGCGUUGGCGCUGUGGAGAAUGCAUAUAUUUGUAUGUGUUCUUUCUUAAUCAAUAGUCAGCUAUGUAGCAUAGCAGCUAAUAUUUUCCCAUGAAAACUCUUUAGGGUUUUUAUCUUAUGUCCACUACUAAACUCUUUGUCAACAUUGAAGUCUGCGAGUAGAAUAACAUACUCCCUCUGUGGAGAAGGCCUUAUCUGUUUGGAACAACAGCUGUAUUUCUUUCUGAGCGGUAGGGUCUGUGUUCGCUCUACAUAAACUGAGUCUUUUUGUUUGAAUUUAGUUCUCUUGGUGAUGGUAUUGUCGCAUUGUAAGGGCUGGUCUCCUAAAGCUUUAGUCUUUUUGUUUGAAUUUAGUUCUCUUGGUGAUGGUAUUGUCGCAUUGUAAGGGCUGGUCUCCUAAAGCUUUAGUAAAAAAAACUUGGCCAAAUACUAUUCUGUCUCGGUGGUCCUUCUUAUUCAACAUCAGUGACGUGCGGUCAGGGGAGGCAGUUUGCCUCACCUGCGAUCAUACAAAGAAAUAAAAUGUAUUAUGAUAAAAUUAUUUUAAUGGUUAGUUUUUAUUUUUCAUUUAGCUUCACCAAUUUUGAUUAUUUUUUCUUCAAAAUCGCAGAAUUUUCGCAAUCCCUCAUUAACUGCUCUGUCUGCCGUGUGGCGGUAUGUGUAAAGAAUGCAGAAAUUAAACAUAACCCGUAAACUGCUGCCAAUCAAAUGGCAAAUAAUCUG